CGCAAACCGUUAUCAGAGUCGAAGCGCUUGCCAUGGCCGAUCACAGCGGCGGGCAGAGGAAAGACGGCGGCGCGUUUGUGGAGAGAGAUGCGUCGUUGUCGAAGGUCGACUCUGUAAGGAAGAGCACUGCGAAGAGACGCAUGUCCGUCGAAGCCCGCAUCUCGGAGAACAAGAUCAUAACCAUUGGCGACUAUCACACUCCACUUCCCGAAGGCUGGUCCUACCGCGAGUCCACAAAGCACAAGGGCAAAUGGUACUACAUCUCUCCCUCUGGACAGGCGCAGUGGAUCCCGCCGCUCGUCAAGACAGGCAAACUGUAUGAAUGGAAGUUGCACCUGUACAUCGAGUUUGGCGCGGGAAAGCUUGGCAUGAAUCUCAAGGCUGUCGAUGCCCUUCCCGACACGUUGUGGACGCAAUUUCAGGUCGAAAUUCACACGCUGCGGAAACUCGGGAAUGGCCAUGCGUCGCCUGCAGAAUUGUACAACUGGAGCGUCAAGCCCGAUCGACGCAUCUACGCUGGGUUUCGCAUCGUUGAGAUCGCAGGAUCGUCCGUGGCAGGCUUUACGUACUCGGAAGUGAUCGACAAGAUCAACCGCACGCCGCGUCCGAUGGUCAUUGGGUUCUGCGACUGCCACCGUGGCCUCGUCGGAGACCCGGAGGAAGUGGAUGAAGUCGAAGAGGAAGACGCGAGGAAGUCUGUGUACCAGCAGCGGUUCAACACGAUCCAGUCGGAGCACAUGAAGACGAUGGUGCUGACCGAGUUGGACAAAGAGCUAUGGCACGUCGACCUGAAGCGGUUGGGGGGACUCGACAUCGAGUUUCGCGCAAAAGGGAAGCGGCUGCGGCGGGAAAUCGCCAAAAUCGAAGCGUUGAACGAUCAGCUCAAGCAACUUGUUAAGCAACAAGUGGCCGAGAAGGCGCGGUGUCAGGCUUUGCUGGACAACGUUGAGGCCCAGCAGGCGCAAAUGUCGACUCAGAUCGAAGUACGAGGCCACGAGCUGGCCAAAAAGCACCAAGCACUGCUCAAGUCGAUUGACGAGACUACUGCUGAUAACCAUCGGUUGGUGGAGCAGCAUGCGCGGGAUACAGCGACAUUGGAGUCGCUGUACGAGAAGCUGGACCGGGACGAGUCGAACAACGUGCUGCUGAUGACCAAGACGCAAUUGUACGAGGAGUAUGGCAUCAAGCGCAGCCCGUUCACUCUAGAGGACCUGCAUCUUCUCUUCUUCACGCUGGAAGAAGCCGCUAUUGUCGAGGAACAGGAAGUCCAGCGGGGCAUGGCGGAAGUGGCCCAGCUCAAGAAACACCUGGACGCCAUGGAGACGGGUGCGCCCAUCCCGCGGACGAACGACAGCAGCACGCGCGAUCUAGAGAUGAAACUCGACUGGUUGCGAGAUCAACUGCAAAAGACGGCGCAGAUCAUCGCGAAAGCCGAAAAGAAGGGAAAAACCAAGGCUGUCAAAGGGGGAUAUCGCCGUCGAAAUCUGCUCAAGAUCGAGUACCAGUUGGUUCAAGAUGAAUUGCAGGCAAAAGUCGCGCAAAUGGGACCGCAGCCGACAUGCCCAGAGGAGCCGUCGCUGCUCGAGGAGCGGACCGAAUUCAUUCGCCAAGCUCUCCGGGACGUCGUGCAAAAAAUCGCCAAAUGUCCCAAGGACCAACAGCAGAUUUUCUUGGACCGCCGAGCAUAUCUCAAGAAAGAACUGGAACAUGUGCAGAAUCGAAGUUUGGAGCUUGGUUUGCCGCUCAACACGAUUCGAAGAAGCUCUUUGGGAGAGGCACCGCCUCGAUUGAGCGAUCAGCGACCCAGUGCGUUUGAAGUUCGGCCGUCAGCCUUCGACGAUGACGACGAAUCCCUUCCAUCAACGCCAGUUUACUAUCCCGAGAGCCUGAGUCCCAACUUGGACGAGCCCCUCACUCCCCCCAUGCGAACCCAGACACCGCUUACAGUGGACCAGCUGCCGACUCUGGAAGAUUUGGCCCCGCCACUGACCCCUCCGCUGAACGAUGGGUCGAUCACGCCGCCGUUGGAGCUGGAACCCGCCGUCGAAGUCAGUUGGACGACCUCCACCGGCCCUUCCAUUCCUCCACAGGUCACUCAGCUCGAGCCCGAACCUGCACAUGUUGUGGACCUCGAUCCAGUUGUCCCCGUGUCGACAUUUCCUGUCCCCGAACCCACGACAAAACCAGUGGAAGUGGUUGCAAAGCCAGUUGUAGAGCAGCCGCCACGAGUACCAGCACCCAAGCAAAGUGGCCCGCUCACUCCACACGAGUUCAAAUCCCAACUGACUUCUGCGCUGACUGCGCUAUCCAAACAGCAACAAAAACAAGUGCCUGUGGAAGUCCAGCCCGAUGUGGAGUCUGCACGGCCGUCCUCCGUCUACAGCCUCAAUGACUCUGAAAUCGGCGACACGAUCAGUGUUUGCUCGGAAGAGUCAUUCACGGACCAGCAAUUGCAGCCGUCCAAAGUCGAUCAGCUCAAAGCCGACUUGAGAAAUGUCGUGGCCCAAAUCUCACAAGCGUCAAAGGAUAAAAACUCGUCGCUGGCCACGAAGCUGAUGAAGGUGCGCAACCAGAUCAAGUCCGAGUUGGCCCUUGCGCAAGAUGAGCUGCAAAUCGACUCUCUCAAGCACGAACUGCGGGAAGUGGUGGUUCAAGUGGCCCAUGCGACCAAGCUCAAUGACAAGGCUGCUGUCGACCAUUGGAUGCAGCGCCGUCAAGAACUCAAGGCGCAGCUGAAAGCCGCCCAUGACUCCCUUGACAAGACCACUCGUGAAGCCAAACCUCUCGACGAACUCAAGAACGAAUUGCGCGCAGUGGUGAAAGAUCUGCAGCGACCGCACUUGACCAAGGAAGAAAUCGAAAUGUUCACGGCGCAAAAGGCUGAGCUGAAGACGCUCAUCAUGGCAAAACAACCCAAGUUCGUCCCACACACAAAUGACGUCGAGUCGCUCAAGCACGAACUGCGCAAAGUUGUCGCCAACAUCGCGCUGGCCUCGAAAGAGAACGACAACACCCUCGUGGACAAGCUGAUGAAGAGGCGGGCGGACCUCAAGGCUGCGUUGGCCAAGGCCCAGACCAUGGAACAAAAGCGCAACUCGUCUGAUCGAAGCGGCAGUCGGGGGUCCGUCGGGCGUUCCAGCGGAUCGACGCCGCAGCACUCGAUUUCGACGUCUGUGACUGACCCUGCCGGCUCCUUUGUCAAGAGACUGCAGGCGAAGACAAGUUCGUCCAGCGCCGAUACUUCAAAACAACACCAAUCCUUUGCCGGGUACUCCUCGGCUCCAGCUGCGAAGCCAGCCCCGCAGGCCCAUUCGUUUGCGGGUCAAUCCCCUCCGUCAACGUCGACACCCAAGCACGAUGCUUCGUCGGGCAAGGCACGUCUCCCGCCGUCGCCCAUUCUUCCUGCAGAGCCACGACCGCAGAUCGUCGAAUCAUUUCACAGCAACGCGGGAUCGUCUUCGUCCGGGUCGUUGUCUGGGAAUUCGUUGCACGAUUCGUCUGAGAGCACAACAUUCGUGAUGUCGGAGACCAAGGUGGCGCAGAAUGCCUUGCAAGCGUACAAGGCUGAGCUGGCGAGCAUCCAACACGCCAUGGACAAAACCAGCAGCGAGCGCAUGAUGAAGAAAUUGGUCGAGCAACGAGCGGAUAUCAAGGCGCGAAUAGCUGAAACAGAGGAGCAACUGAAUCCCAUGCCCCAGCCAUUGCCGCCGCUGCCGAUGUUGCAGCCCGAGUGGGACCUGGCCCAAGUCAAGAAGCACACACAGAGCCUUCAACGCGAGCUGCGAGACAUUGUCGCGCGGUUCCCUUCUGAGAAUGCCGACAACCCGAAACCCCGAGUCCCCGAGACCGCCGUGACUCGUCAAUACAAAACGCGUCGGACCGAGCUCAAGGUCGCGAUCCAAGCGGCAUUCGAUCGCAUUGCGCAGUUGCAGGAAGAAGCCACCAUUCGAGACAUUCAAAUCCCGGUCUUGACCCCACACAUGGACAAGGACGCUUUGAUGAAUCACGUCGACAUUCUCAAGAAAGAGCUCCGCCAAGUUGUCACCACGAUUGCCCAAACUACCGCGGCAGGAGCAAAGGCCAAGCUCAAGUCCCAGCGGAGUACCCUGAAAUACCACUUGGCGAUGGCGCAAGACCAGCUCGCGGCCGCGUUGAAGGCACCCCCUCCGCCUCCUGCACCCUCGUCGUCGCAUGCGUCGUUAACCCGAGCGAAGUCGACGGUGCAGGAUGACAUCAAGAUGCUCGAGUCGUACAUCGAUACGCUCAAAGUAGACUUGAAGCACGUUGUGGGGCAGAUCACCCAGACGCACGACAUGCCGACGAUCAACGCGAUGCAUUUGCGUCGACGCAACGACCUCAAGAAGAACCUCCGCACGGCACAAGACCAAUUGCUCGCACUGCAAGCCCAGGUCGAGAAUCGGUCACGAUCGAGCACGCGGUCCAGCGAGAAGGGCAGUAGCAAUCUGUCGAUGCACUCGGCCGAAGACGACGGACCGAGCUUGCAACUCGAUGCGUUCAUGACGACUCGUAUGACCCAAGUAUACCAGAACGUCACCGAGAAGGCUGGGUACCUCGAGUGGAUGCCGCAGACGCUCAAGCUGUUCCGCGGCGGCAAGGUCAUGUGGGUCAAGCUCGAGACAAGUGGGUGUCUGGUGUGGUACAAGAACCCAAGCGAUACCAAGGUCCGAGGCAUGGUGGAUCUCGCGCCAACCACGUCGCGCAGUGUCAAGGUCGCGUAUGGCGAUCCCAACAUUGUGAGCAUCUCAAUCUUGAGUCCCGGUAUGCUGAGCAACCACGAAGAGCUCAUGCAGUUCCGCGCGACGUCCGAAGACGAAGCGCGGGGUUGGGUCUACCUCCUCCAAGACACCGUCGACCUCCUCGCGCGGCAGUUUCCGCAACAAAACGGCGACGAACUCUUUGGCCGCAACUCGAUCGUGUACUAACUUAACAAGUUGCGAGUGCAAGUCUCAUGGGCAUGACUAUAAGCAGCGGUCGGUCACGUCCGGGCCACUCGCCCGGGAUGGGCAGCCGACAAGUCGAAGACGAACGGCGGCAUCGUGCAACGGCUUCCGCUUCCUCUUUUCGGACCGCGGGGUGUUGUGCAUGGCUUGCAAAUGCUUUUUCAGAACGUGCUUGUAAUGGAACGACCGAUCGCAGAGGUCGCAGGAAAACAUUGGCGCAGCAGGUCCGGUCUGGUGAAUGACCCGGAUGUGUUUGUUCAGGUUUGGCUUGGUCGAGUACACAUUCCCGCAGUCGGGGCACGGGUAUUCCUCCCUCUGCCGGUGCACUGCUUGAAUGUGGCCGUGAAGCGUCUUCUUCGACGCGAAAAACUGGCGGCAAAAGGUGCAUUCAACCGGUGGGGCCACCGCUGCCUCCAUCGGCAUAGGAGACGCGUCGGGGUUCCACACAACAGACACGACUGCCGUGUGGAGCCGGAGGUUGUGUGCAUCGAGCUGGUGUUUCUUUAAAAAGGCCGCGUCGCAUUGUGCGCAUGGGAACGGAGGCUUCCCUGUGUGAACGUACGAGUGCUGCUGCAGUUGAGACUUCUUCUUGAACGUCUGGAGGCACGUGGGACACACGUAAGGCCGAGAAGCGUUGGUCGUAUCGUGCUUCUCCUUGAUGUGCCGCGUGAGACCAUGCUUGUAUUUGAACUCUUGGUGGCACAGUGUGCACGAAAACGGCGACGCCUUGUGGUCGCACGCAUCGUGGUCCAUUUUGACGUGUCGUGUCACAUGGUCCUUCCGCGUGUACAUCCUCUCACACCCUUCCACGGAGCACAUGAAUGACUUGCGCUGAUGACUUAACGCAUGCUGACGAAGAUGUGACGGUUUGGUGAAGACGCUGCCGCACUCGAUGCACAUGUGGACCUUGGCCAUGCUUGAUUUGUCCAGGAACGUCAGCGCGUGGUAUUCGUCGUUGUCGUCUUCCUCCAGCACCAUCUCGUGGGAUUCGUUCUUCUUGGAGCGCUUGAGGCAUGACCCUCUCUCCUCUUCGUCCGACCACUCUUCUUCAUCGACGUCCGAGUCAUCCGCCAUGACCCAGCGUAUCGACCAGGCUCGCGCCACCCGGGUUUCCGACAGUUUUUUU